AUGGGCUAUCUAAGCGAUGAAGACCGUGGGGGGCACCUUCAAUUUGAAGAAGGCUCUCAAACCUCGUCUAACAUAGACACACAAGAAGAGGAACCCGGUCCGGUUGGUCAGACCGCCCCAACCACCGGAAGUGCAUUCGACUAUAUUGAUUUGAGCCGUGUUGCUGUUUCUCCAGCUCUACUCGCCUUUGCCGAAGGAUGCUGCGAAGAAUACAGGCUCCCAGCCAUAGCAAAGGAGGAUGUUAUGCGAGCCGCAUCGCUACCAGGAGCUAAUUUUAUGACAAUCCGCCUCUACGCACUCAUGAAGUCGAUGGGGCAGGACGCUACAAAAACACAGGUUGACGAUUUUCUCAAAUCAAAUACGUUCAAGGAAAACAUCAAGAGGCGAAUUCAAGGCGGACUUCUCGACCCCAACACACCAUAUUAUGUUCGUGGAUGCACAGCUCGAUUUGUGCGACACAUGAGAGAGAAUCCAGCAUCGUACGAAAUCCCGCAGGUGGUUCAAGAGGGACUGAUGACCACGAAGAAGUUCUCUUCGGCUGUUGGUGAGAUACUUAGUGGUUUUCGUGGGGAAUUGCGUCGAAAGAUUUUUGGCUCAAUCGAGGACAAGGCCGACAUCGCGAGCACCGGUGAAAAACUUGCGAUCCAAGGGUUCCAGAUAUCCGAGGACCAUUUGAAACGAUUUGCUUUAUUGCGGCAGUUAUCCGAAGAUUACAUGAAGGCCGAAGCAGAAGCCCAAGCUAAAAAAGCAGUGGAAAACGCUCAGGCAGGAGUCCGUGCCAGGGGUAAGAAGACACAGGCCGAUAAAGCGCCGCAGAAGGCUCUCGCUUUUUGGACGUACAUCGACUCCCAAAUGAAUAGGUUUCACAAAUACCCCGUGGCUCAACGUUCUGAGAUAUUGAAAAAGAUUCUGCGUAGGGACAGAAAAAAGUACCCCGAUCACACUAGCCAGGCCCGUUGGUACCCUCCAGCGAGCAAACUCGUUGUUUCGCAAUGGCAGGCCGAUGCCAGCUACGCAAUUCAAGUUAUGGCCGGUUAUACACUCACCGCUGCGCAGGAAGGACAGGAAGCUCCACUGACCAACUCAGGAGCCCCCGAUGAGGACGAAGGCCCAGGUAAUGGAGAAGCCCCCCCUGAAGAGGGAGGGAAUCCCAGUGGGGAUGAGGAUGACCGACACACACAAGAGGGGACCGGCAUAAAUGGCGACUUUCAAGAAGACCCCGCCACCCUAUCCGGUGAUGACAUGCCGCCUGAAUCAACGCAACAACGCCCCAACAAUGGGCACACCUCAGAUGGCCCUGGAACCGGUCCAAGCACUCGCGUCACGAAUAAUUUGCUCUCAAGUGAUGGGACACCGGGUAACCACUCCCCACGGCGUUUAACCCAGCGAGCUCCCCCAGACUCAGUCGGACCGGUUCGAGGGACUCCUGGAUCACAAGACGGUCGUGUUGCAACCCUCGCGCAAACCUCGCGAGGAAGCCCGUUUCCCCCAAGCUCCCGUACCUCCACGCCUCGCCCGCCUCGAGCGCCUGCAUCAGGUCCGAUGGGCGUAACUCGUGGUGGUCGAGUAACCCGUAGCAGCGCGCAAUGUCUACCAGUAGCUGAGCAAUACAACCCGGCGGAUUCCGAAACUGCCGCGGCAUCGAUGUCAGUGGGCAUAUGA